AUGGCUUCGAACAAAGCCCGUCGUAUUGCGAAAGAACUUGCCGACCUCCACGCGGACACGUCGUCACAGGUACAAGCAGAUACUGUUGGCGAGGAUGUGACGAAGCUAAGGGGGUCAUUUGGUGGCCCUCCGGGUACGCCCUAUGAAGGAGGGAAGUACGAGAUCAACAUAGAUAUUCCAAGCGAAUAUCCAUUUCGACCACCUAUCAUGAAAUUUGCUACCAAAGUCUGGCAUCCCAACGUCAGCAGUCAGACGGGUGCCAUAUGUCUCGACACCCUUUCUACCGGUUGGUCACCUGUGCUGACCAUAAAGUCCGCUCUCAUAUCUCUUCAAUCUCUAUUGAGCUCACCAGAGCCCAAAGACCCGCAGGAUGCCGAGGUUGCUCAAAUGCUUAUUAAGAAUCCCAAGGAAUUCGAGCGGGUGGCUCGAGAGUGGGCAGUGCGGUAUGCCGGUGCACCGAAAAAGAACGUUGGUGAGGGUAGCGGCGGUGCUACAGCCGAGUCAAUUGAAGCAGCAGAGAAGGAGGCCGAACAUCGUGAGCAGGAAGCGAAUCUCGCUGUUUAUGAAGGAUACAACAAAGAUUUAAUCGACCGCUUUGUCAACAUGGGCUUUGAUGUUGAUCGGGUUGUGGCUGCUUUCAAGUAUGUUGGAAUUGAUAGAAUGGGUGGUGAGGACUAUGAAUUAGAGGAGGCCUACAUGGGCGACAUCACUGCCCGACUGCUUGGAGAGCCCUAA